AUGCCCACGGAGACGCUGCCCACAGGUAGCAUGGUGAAGCCGGUCAGCCCCGCGGGCACCUUCACCUCGGCGGUGCCCCUACGUAUCCUCAACAAAGGGCCCGACUACUUCCGCAGGCAGGCGGAGCCCAACCCCAAGCGGCUGAGCGCCGUGGAGCGGCUGGAGGCGGACAAGGCCAAGUAUGUCAAAAGCCAGGAGGUCAUCAACGCCAAGCAGGAGCCUGUGAAGCCCGCCGUGCUGGCCAAGCCACCGGUGUGUCCUGUCUCCAAGCGCGCGCUCGGCAGCCCCACGCUCAAGGUGUUCGGCAACCACGCCAAGACUGAGAGUGGUGUGCAGCGUGAGAACCUCAAGCUCGAGAUCCUGAAAAACAUCAUCAACAGCUCCGAGGGCUCCAGCUCGGGCUCAGGUCACAAGCACAGCUCCCGGAACUGGCCGCCACACCGGCCGGACACCAGUGACCUGCACCGUCACUCCUUCGCCGAGUCCCUCAAGGUCUACCCAACGCCUGGGCGCGGCAGCCCGCAGGAGAGCAGCUCGCACGUGAGCAGGAGGCUGCUGGAGCAGUCGGCCGAGUCCUUCUUGCACGUGUCCCACAGCUCCUCGGACAUCCGUAAAGUGUCCAGUGUGAAGCCCCUCAAAGCCAUCCCCUGCAGCAGCUCCGCUCCUCCCCUGCCUCCCAAACCUAAGGUCGCUGCCACCGCCGCGGCCACAGCCACAGCGAACUCCAUCGCGGGCGCCGUGAAGUCCCCAGAAGCCGCUGACCCCGUGGAACCCGCCUGUGGAGUGAGCCGCAGACCUUCGCUGCAGCGCUCUAAGUCAGACUUGAGUGACAGGUAUUUCCGAGUGGACGCCGACGUGGAGAGAUUCUUCAACUACUGCGGACUGGACCCAGAAGAGCUGGAGAACCUAGGCAUGGAGAACUUUGCAAGGGCUAACUCUGACAUCAUCUCCCUCAACUUCCGCAGCGCAAGCAUGAUCAGCUCAGACUGUGAACAGUCCCAGGACAGUAACAGUGACCUUAGAAAUGACGACAGUGCCAAUGAUCGGGUGCCCUAUGGCAUCUCCGCCAUUGAGAGGAAUGCGAGAAUCAUCAAGUGGUUGUAUAGCAUCAAGCAGGCGCGCGAGUCACAGAAGGUCUCGCACGUGUAAGACAGCGUGGAGAGGGAGGGGAGGAGUCCGUCUGUGCAUAUGCAGUCGUGAAGGUCGUGAGGUCUACCUUGAAGUGUUGUGAGCUUCUCGGCUCUUUGUGUUGCUUGUUGUGCAAUGUUUCCAAGUUGCAUGCCUGUCAACAUGGGGACUGGCCUGGCUUCCUCACCACCAUUGCCUCCGAGCCUGGCUGAACGCAACCUCAUCCGCCAAAGGUUCCAGGCCAGAAUCUGAUUAGGGCUUUGCUCUUCAGCAGAACUGUUUACACGGAAACAGUAGACGAUCCCUUCAAUAUUUAUGUGGUUCUUGUGUUUUUCUAUCCCACGCUCUUGUGUCUUAAUUAAACGUUUUCUCAACUGGCUUUGAAGUUGACAGCAGAAUCUUUUGCAAUAAAAAAGAAGCCGCUUUGCCUGCGAUGGGAGACCAUAACCAAGGGAGGGCCAGGGCAAUCAGUGGGAUCUGCUACCAAACUGGAAAAUGACUGAGCGAAUGGAGAGCCAGGCUGGGUUUUCUGUGGAAUCAAGUGGUGUCCCUGCUGUUAAUGGUUUACAUGUGGAAUUGCCCGUGCCACUUAGAGAGGCAACGGUGCUGUGUUUUGUGUCUGGUUUAGUGUGAACAUGGUGGUGUUUCUGUGUAAUAUUGACCCCGAAGAAAGACAGACAAUCAGAUUCAAUGAUAAGGGGUGGAAUGUAGCCAAGUUGGGUGAGCGGGGGGAUUGGUGUUGGUGUUUUCAUUUAAGGCAGUUCAGAAAGUUCUAAUUAUUAAGGUUUUACAGGUGUGGCCACCCUAAAACAGAUGCUGAAUGCCUUUCAUUUUUAAUUUUCUUUCCUUUUGUCAAGAACUAUUAACUUCACGCUAUUUCUCUGAACUUUCUCCCCUUGUUAUUUUCUGUGGGGGGAGGAGUGGGUCUGAUUUGGAUUUGAGCUGUCCGAAGACGUGAACAGAAACGGAAAUAGCGGCCGUACCAGCCUAGAGCAUCCCAUCUGAACCUUACCCGAGCCUUGUGCUUCUGUCUAGUCUGUGUUACUCUCUGCCGCUGUGGAUUUUUGUUACACCUGUAGGAAAGUAUAGAAACACGACACUCUGUAACUUUUCCACCCUGUGGUCUGUGGUGAUGCCUAUCAGCUUGUCCCCUUUUUUCCCAGUCACCUGUCCUCCAGGUGGGUUAGUUGGCUGUCAACCAGCUGACUGGGUCGUUUGGUAGCAGAGAGGGAACUGAGCAGGGGUCCACUUCAUUGCUCUUGUCGCCAAGCUCUGAAAUUCUCAGCAGUGCUACCUUAGACUUCAUCUGCUAAUAGAAAACUUUUUAUGGUGUAAAUUCUGUAAGACUUUGUACAUACUUCAGUUGUUAUGAAAUCUUUAAGGAAAAAAAAAAGUUAUGCUAAUAAAUAGCUCUGGUGCAGG